GUUUGGUCGAGGACUAUUGGGUUUUCAUUUUAAUAUGCUUGUUCUUUUCGUGGUUUUACUGACCAGCCUGCAGGUGCAGGGCUGUGUCAAACAAGCUCAGGUGGUUAAAAUGCGUGGAACUUUGAUAACAAUGCGUAAGUACCAGAACUCAGCCAACUGCACCACAAACUGUGGACCCCUGGUAGGGAGAACCAAAACUGAGACUUACAUGGGCUUUACUGAUGUCUGCUGCGACGGCUAUGUACGCGAUGAAAACAACGAGUGUGUGCCAGAGUGCAAGGAUUGCGGAGUCGCGGGAAAAUGCCUUUCGCCCAACGUGUGUUUAUGUGGAAAGGGCUAUGCAAGUCGCCGGGAUCGGGGUCACUGUGAGCCGGAGUGCAGCGAGUCCUGCGUCAACGGAAGGUGUUCGGCCCCGGAUGAGUGUGAAUGCCUUCCUGGCCAUCGAUUCGUGAAUGGCUCCCAAACGGCGUGUGAGCCACUUUGUGCGGAGGACUGUGCCAAUGGCCGCUGCAUGGAGAUGGGAAAAUGCCAGUGCAACAACGGCUACCAGCGGGAUGAAAAGCUUAAGAAAUGUGUGCCCAUCUGCCAGGAUGCCUGCUAUCAUGGCGAGUGUGUGGCGCCCAACGAGUGUCGCUGCCAUCCCGGACAUGAGCAGCGCUUGGGUGUGCCGUGGAUCUGCGAUCCGAUCUGCUCGAGCGGCUGCGCCAACGGCUAUUGCCAGGGAGCCGAGGUGUGCGCCUGCAAGGUGGGCUAUGCCCACAAGGAUAACACCCUCGCCUCCGGCUGUGAUCCGGUGUGUAAUCCGCCCUGCGCGAAUGGCACUUGCAUCUCACCCGGCCACUGCGCCUGCCCCGCGGGUCACGUGUUCGCCAAUGGAUCGCGUCACGAGUGUGUUCCCAGCUGCCUUUCCGGCUGCGAGAAUGGGUACUGCAGUGCCCCUAAUCGCUGUGAGUGCCACGAGGGAUUCGUGAAGACCUCGCCGCAUCGCUGUACGCCCACAUGUGAACCCGUCUGUGGCCAGAACUCCCGCUGCACCGCUCCAGGAACCUGUGCAUGCGAUGUCGGCUACGUCUUCGUCAACGGCAGCACCACGGAGUGCGAGCCCUUCUGCCCCAGGAACUGCCGGAACGGAAUCUGCAGUAGUCCUGGCGUCUGCACGUGCCUAGAAGGGUUUCAGGCCCUUCUCUCGUUCUACUGCAUACCCAUUUGCUCGAGGAUCUGCAUCCAUGGCAGUUGUGUGGCGCCCAACGAGUGUCGCUGCUUCACCGGCUACCGACCAAUUCCCAGCCUGGGAGCGCAUGUCUGCGAGCCCAUCUGCAGCCAGGGAUGUGUGCACGGCGUUUGCAUCGCCCCAGGAACCUGUCAAUGCGAUGUGGGCUUUGUCAAACGGUGGGCCACUGGGCCCUGUGAGCCGCACUGUCCACAAAAGUGCGUGAACAGCCACUGCUUGGGAUCGGGAGAGUGUCGCUGCUACGAGGGAUACAAGCUGAGGCCGGGAUCCACGUCCAUCUGUGAUCCGGAGUGCUCGCCAGGAUGCAUGAAUGGUACCUGCGUGGAGCCCAACAGCUGUGCCUGCUUCGCUGGCUAUGAAGACACCAAGGUGCACUACGAGUGUGUGCCCACCUGCCGUCCGAGGUGCGAGAAUGGGCGAUGCUCCGCUCCAGGACACUGUGAAUGCGAUCCCGGUCAUGUGGUCACCAACUCCAGUGAACCGAACUCAUGUCGCCCCCAGUGCAAGGAGGAGUGCAUCAAUGCCGAGUGCCUUGCGCCGGAGAAGUGCGUCUGCCUACCGGACUACCGAUUUUUGCCCGGCAGCAGCACCGAGUGCGAACCGAUUUGCUCGAAAGGAUGCCCUUCUGGGCAGGAGUGCGUUGCACCAGACACCUGUGAGGGUUUUGAGCCCCGAAUUAGUUCCACAUAUAGCAAACAUAUAGUUUUCCAUUGGGGCAUGUUCAUCGUAGCCAUUUUGCUGUGCUUGGCUCUGGUGAUGAUUCCCCUCUUGUUGCUCAGGGAAAUACAGCGACGUCGUCGUGAAGGCUACAAGCACAGGACCCGGCUCAUCGAGAAUCCUUCCUAUGGAGUUGUGCAGGCAAACAGCGAGGAUGCGAACAGCGAGUUGGGCAUUGGACUGGGGGAUUAACCAAACUAAGUAGAUCUGAUUUCCACAACCCCUAGAGCAAAUAGGAACUUAUAAUUGCUUCAUAGAUCGACUUUUAUACGACCUUUAAAUUUCACGAAGGAUUUAAAGUGAAGACGGAAAAAUGCAGUUGUAUGUGGAAAUAUUUUAAUUUCAAUGUUUAUGGCUUGGUUUCCUUUACAAUCUUCUCAUUCGAUUAAGUUUUACACCGAAGGAUGCUUGGCAUCGAAAAUAAUACACACGUAUAUAAAUAUAUAUAUAUAUAUAUAGUUAAGCUAAACAUUUAUGGUUAAAGGUUAAAAACGUAAUCUACCGUAAUAAAUUAGGUAAUACUUAAUACUCA